CAUUUCUUUUCAGUUUUUAGUCAACAUCAACAAAUUUUUCUGGCAUUCGAUUUAACAUUUUCUUGUAAAAAGACACGUUUUCCAACAUGGAAACCUACGAAAGUGUUUUGUUAGUGAAACCUGAAGUGUAUGUCUUUAACAUUCCACCUAGAUACACCAACAGGGGUUAUCGGGCAGCAGAUUGGAAUUUAGCAGAGCCUCAGUGGACAGGUCGCAUGCGUCUUAUUUCAAAAGGCAACGAGUUAGCAAUUAAAUUAGAGGACAAGAAUUCAGGUGAAUUAUUUGCCAAGUGCCCCAUCGAAACAUAUCCAGGAACUGCCAUAGAACCUGUCACUGAUUCUUCCAGAUAUUUUGUUUUAAGGAUUCAAGAUGAUAGUAAUGGAAGAUCUGCUUACAUAGGCCUAGGAUUCGGAGACAGAUCCGACUCAUUCGAUUUAAAUGUGGCCCUACAGGACCAUUUUAAAUGGCUAAAGAAAGAGAAGCAAAUCAGUGAAGAACCCAGCGGCGGCCCAUCAUUGGAUUUGGGUUUCAAAGAGGGCGAAACAAUUAAAAUUAAUAUGAAAAUAACUAAGAAAGAUGGAAGUGAAGCAAACUCGAAGUCCAAAACAAAAACGGGUGGAGUCGGGUUGGGACUUUUACCACCACCUCCUGGUGGUAAAUUGCCUGCUCCUCCAGGCAGCAGUCCUGCUAGUUCACCAGCGCACGCCCCGAAACAGGGAAAUAAUUCUGGAGGAGAGAGUUGGGGAGAGUUUGCUUCAGCGCCAAGUGCUGCACCGGCUCAGCCCAGCCCCAACUCCAAUUGGGUGCAAUUUUAGAGCUCACCAUGUAAUAUUAUUAUAAAUAUGUAACUUUUCUGUAUGUAUGUAUGUAAGUAGGACAGACCUAGAGAGAAGAGUUUAUUGUUGAGUUUUGAGUUUUUAAAAUAUUUUAUGUAUUGGUAGCCUAGAGUUAAGUAGGUUUAGUUACUGUAUUUUUAGAGCCUAGUGAAGAAAAAUAGGCCCAAAGUUACAAAACAUAUAAUUCAGGUAAGCUUUAUCCUAGCUUUUAUUGGUAGGUUCAUUAUUAUAAAUUGUAAUAUAUAUACAAGUGUAAAAGGAGAUUUACCAGUAAAAUAUACCUCUAGAAUCAAUAACAUAGAUUUUUCACUAGAAAUAACAUUUAUUAUUUGUUAACUAAAUUUAGGGUUGGUUCGUUAAAGGAGUACUAGCUAUAAAUUCUUAGAAUGUAUAUCAAGGAAUCACAUAUUCGAAAACUAUUUAAAAAAUUUAAGGGCAUAUGUACUUAGGCUUUACAUACUGGUUUUUAUUUUUAAAUAUUACUUUAUUUAUCUGGUGCAUAUACAUAUUUUUUAAUAUCUCGUUUCUCGAUCAUCCGUUUUAUUUUUAUAUUAUAGGUUGUUCGUCUAUAUUUGUUAUUUUUACUCUUAAAAGACAUUCCUUUUUUACCAAAUAAAUACAUAAAUUCAU